UCCGUCCUGGGUGAAGCGACUGCUGACAGCUAGCUCACUGGCCAGCAUGCAGAAACAGGACGAGGGGCCCCAGCGGGCCCCUGUGGCUGGACCCUCCGGGGUACGACGACAGCGCCCAAAAAAGAGCGAGUCGGCGGCGGCUGCCGCCGCCUCUGCUUCCACCUCUGCCUCCUUCUCUGCCGCCGCUGCGGCUAUCCCCAGUACUUCUUCGGCACCCCUGCCGCCGCCGCCCCCCCUGAUACCGUUGCGGCCACUGCCAGCCGAUGAGUCCAAAGUGGAAGCCAUGCAGGUGGCCAGCCGCAACGUGGUCGCCUGGCGCAGCAAGGCCGAGUGGGAGCAGGUCAUGGUCUAUCUCUUCUGCCAGGACCCCGAGCUACAGCGCCACGCGCUCAACCGUGUGUCGGCAUGGAAAAGCAGGUGCAGCAACAACCUGCCCCUGGCCGUGGCUUGCACCACAGACUUGGUGCUCUGCAAACUUUUGGAUGAGACUUCGGCCCUGGGCUCCCAGGAACUUGUGCUCCUCUAUGGAAUGGCUCUGGUCAGGACACCAGUCACUCAGGUUUUGCAGCCACCGAGCCAUUCUCCACUCUUUCCUCUCCCUUCCUUCGUCCAGCCCCUCAGCCCUUCCCAGCAGGACUAUUGCGGGGGCCUCCUAAAUGGCUUCUCCCCUCAAGUCCAACAGAAGUCUCAUCAUGGCAUCCUCUCUUCCCCCGAUAGAUUUGUGAAUCUUAUCACUGAACCAAAGCAAAAGAUUAUCAACAUUCCUUUGAGACGUCUGGCCCACGAGAUGCACAUUCCGGAGUGGGUUGUGAACCUUCGCCACAAUCUGACUCAUCGGAACCUUCCUCGAUUGAAUACAUGUAGGAGAGGGUGUGAAUUCGUCUUGGAGUGGCUUCGUCGGACCUAUUGGUGCCGACAGCUGGGAAAUAACUUGGGUGAGCCCUGGGAUUCAGGGGUUCAUAUCCGGGAGAUAGAGAUGGGGAAAGACGAGAAUGGAGACGAGGUGGAGAUAGUGGAGGAGGUCGAUGCGGAGGAGCUGUCCCCACAGGAGGAGCCCCUCUCUGAAGAGGCUCAGAAGGAAAAGGACCUGCAAGACAAAAUCCGGAAAGCACUGUUGUCCUACGGAGAGCAGCAGUUUAAGGUGCUUCGCCGCUCCAGGCAGCUGCCCAAGGCCGUCAAGGCAUCUACCAAAUCUACCCGAGAGGUGGAACGCCUGGUGGGCCGCCUGAAGAAACUGUCCAAGGAGAACCAAACUUUUGUGAUGGACAUCCUGCUGGAGGAGGGUUUCCUCAUCCCCACAAUGGAGCAGCUGGAGGCUCUGAAGAUCCACCCCACAGAAGCCCCAAAUCUGGUCAAUCUGCUGAUGCCCCGGGCCUUCUCACAGUUCUGGCAGCCCCUGAUUAAGGGCUUGCACUCCCAGCCAUUCAUCCAGGAACUCCUGCACAAGCUGUUCAGGACCCUUCCGGAUUGUAGCGACACUGGGAUCCGUCCAGUUUACCUCAUCAGCUGGAUCAAUGAGCUUGUGGUGGUCUAUACCCCAGCUGGACCCUGCCAGAAGCGCCUCACCUCUAGCCAGAGGUCAGUCCGUAAGAGUUGGAAGAUGGGACCCCGCAAGUUCUCCUUGAACUGGUCCGAACUGCUUGAUGUCUGCUUGGAUGCCACCUGCUGGGCUAGUCCCCACCUUCUCCAGCUGGUCCUCAAGGCCAUGGAACCACAGCUCCCCCUGGACUCCCAGGAGAAGCUCAUGUGUCUCUGCACCAUCUACACCCAGGGCGGGAACCCCGCUACUAGCGAUAAGCCCUGGGAAGGGAGCAGCUCCCGUGACAGGCCCAUCUACACCCUGGAGAACCUCCAGUGGCAGGUGAAACAGGCCCUCCUGAUGGAGAAGGGGAAGAAUCGCCAGCCAGGCGAAGAGGAGGAAGAAGAGGAGGAGGAGGAGGAAGAAGAGACCGAGUCGGAUGAUUCCUCCGACCCUGAGGUGAUGGAGGUGGAUCCAGACCCAAUACAGAUGAAGGAGGUCGUCCUGAAGGAGACUCCGGAGAUGCUGGCUGAAAAGCAGGCCGGCUUGGAGGGCUCCCCAUGGCAACUGUGCUUAGAUGACAUAAACUGGAGCGAGUUGCCCCUGGGCAAGAUCCCAGGCCAGACCGAUGACCCUGAUGAGCUGAUGGUGGAUAAUUACACCCUGAUCUCUGUCCUGGACCAGCCGGAGAUCAACGAGGACCCUGAUCAGCCUCACACUUCGGCAUUUGGCAGCAUGAGCAUGGGAAUAGGAGCACAGUCGGCAGAUGGUGGGAGUAAUCCAAGUUUUGGGUUUGGCAAGACAUCAGAGGUGGGACAAGAAAAACAACUUCCCGCCAUGCCGCCUCUCCGGUCAGAGAAGGCAACGCGGAAACGCCGUUCCGAGAACCAGUAUCCUGCCUUUAGGGAAUGGGGAAAGCGCACCAUUUCGUCAGCCCAGAUCACCUGCAUCACGGUGGAAGAUGACUCGGACGACGAACCGGAUGUCAUCAUUGAGCGCCACAUUCCUCCUCGCAGGGAGCUGGGAGAAAGCCUCUCUAUCCGGGUGCCUGUGAUUGUGAACCCCCGGAAAACCUUCAAGCGUGCUCGCUAUCCUCUGUCCGCUCCCACAUUCGUAUUCCCUCCGGUCAAGCCCCGCCCUUCUGAUGACCAACUCUAAAGCUGCCCAGCUUUAGAGAGCCCACUGUGCUCUCUGCAAUCCCCGCUCGCUAGGCGGCAACCUUGCUUUUUUUGUCUUCAAUAUUUUCCUUUUGCGCUCCUUCCAUCUUCUGCCUCCCUCCCAACAACACAGCCUCCCUGGCACUAGAUGCACUUUCAUUCCCACAAUUCACUGGUCGAGGCAGGGGAGUUGGGGUAUUCCUCGCUCCCCAUGGCCAACUCCAGACUCAUUCUCUACCUCCAUCACUCGCUAAUUUCCUUUCUCCUCCCAUGAGGUUCACUCAGUCCACAUCUGCCACCCAAUGAAGAUUCGGGUAGCCACUUGCCUACCGUUUACCUCCAGGCCACUCCCUCCUUCAUGGACGAGUUCAGAGCCUGGCCCACGAUUUUUGCUCCUCGGCUCCCGUCCUCUUAGGGGACUCCAACACACUACAUACAGUGAUACUUCUUGCUCCCUCAAAUGCCCGCCCGCCCCACCUGCCCCUCGAUUUAACUCAUUUCUCAUGGCCUACUCCUCCGCCCCACCUCAGCUACACACACAGAGAUGGCCAUCACCCAUGAAUUCGCCAUGUCCAUGGUCAUGACCGCCAAGAUCCCUUCAUUGGAUCACAAUCUGUUGUCAUCCCAUCUUCUCCCCGUCUUGUCGCCCCGCAUCUUGUUCCUCCAUUCAUACUGUGACCUCCAAUCCCUCAACCCCGUGAUUCUUUCCCAGGCCAUCACCCCUGCACUAGCUACACUUCAACCCUUCUCCAUCCUCCCUUUGGUGAACCAAUUCAACUCUACACUGCCCUCUUCCCUUGAGUCCCUUGCCCCCUUAUUAUAGAACCAAUCUCGCCCCACCAAGCCUCAGCCUUGAAUCGCUCCCACCAUCUGCUGCCUUCACUCCCACACAACGUGCUGCUGAACAAAAGUGGAGAAAACCGUGCCGACUGGGUCCACUACAAAUUUGUUAAAUGACCUCGAUUGGGCCCUCACCGCUACUUAGGCGAUCCUCUUACGCCACCCCAAUUGAUUCACUCUCCACAGCGGCCCUCCCAAACCUUUCUCCCCUCCUCCGAUCUCCCGUGGGUCCCCCCUCUCCUUCCUCUCUCCUCCCCUUCUCCCUCUCAGCUGAGAGCCUUGCCUCCUAUUUUCCUAGAAAUAGUGAGGCCAUUUACCGUGAGCUCCCUCUUCUUCCCCUCUUCCUUAUCUCUUUAUCACUCAGAUGCCUUCUGCCACUAUCUUCUACUUCACCCAUGUCUCACAUUUUGAGGUGGCCCUAAUCUUUGCCAAAGCAAAGCCUUCUUCUACACGCCCAAGUGAUCCCGCUCCCUUCCCCUCUCCUCUAGCAGAUCGCCUCCUCUGUCAUCCCCGCCCUCCCUUCCCUUUAGCCUCCUGUCUGCCAGCCCCUCGCCCCUCCCCACUCCCGACAGACAUCCCCCACGUCUCCCUCGUCCUCCCCAGACCCUCAGUUGUCCCAUCCAUCUCUGCUAGCUCUCAUCCCGUCCCCCUCGUCCCUUUUGUGGCCAAACCCCCCCCGAGAAGGCUGUC